GACGGAACUUUUGUCCGACUUUAUUUUGCGUUCGUGUGGAAAAAAAGCAAAUUGGGAGCUUAAUGCGUUAUUCUUUUGAUCCUGUUGUGUUUAAAUGCUUUUAUCUUUGCUACCAUAACAAUACAUUUGUUAACUCUAAAAAAUAAAAAAAAUUACUCAAAUUAGAAUCUUCGUGGCCAACAUGACUUAGCAACGCUAACUAGCUUCGUUUUCCAGCAACUUUCUGAUCAUGUCGGGACUUUUCAUCACCCGAACGUCUUCUCGUCAUCUUAAAUUAUUUCACAAACUGUUCUCACAGACAAGAACCCUCUCAAACAGCUGCCAGUCUGACGAGAACAUUCGGAGAUUUAUUUCAGAGAACACAGAGGUGGUGGAAGGACGGAGUCUGACCCCGGAGAUCAAACUGAGAUUAUUCACCCCAGACUGCAGGUUCUGGACAGAAAGACCAGAGCUGUGGCCCUUUGAGGACCCCUACUGGGCCAUUUAUUGGCCCGGAGGACAGGCACUCUCCAGGUUCGUCCUGGAUCACCCGGAGGUCUGUCGGGGUCGGACGGUGCUGGAUCUGGGGAGCGGAUGUGGAGCUUCCUCCAUCGCUGCUCAGCUCUGUGGUGCUGCUCAUGUAGUGGCUAAUGACAUUGACACUGUUGCAGCUGUUGCGACCCACAUGAACUGUGAGCUGAACGGCGUGGAGUCGCCUGUUUGUGUGACUGACAACCUGAUCGGUUCGGAUCCCGACGGCUUCGACCUGAUCCUCCUGGGUGACAUGUUCUAUGACGAAGCGCUCGCCACCAGCCUUCACAGCUGGUUGGACCGCUGCAUACAACUCCACGGCACCAGAGUCCUGAUCGGAGAUCCUGGACGAGCGCAGUUUGAGGGACAUAACAUCCGACGGCUGCUGCAACAGAUGGCUCAGUUUGAGCUGCCCGAGUCUGUCAGAGAGGAGAACUACGGUCUGACCUGCAGCAGCGUUUGGUGCUACAAUCCUGAACUCUGAGGACAACAGAGGAUCAUCUACACUUUAUCAGUUAAAUCUGACACAUGUACUUGCCUGAAUAUAACUCAAUGAGGAGUUGUGUGAUUAUAUUAUAUUAUUAUAUGUUUUGUUGCCAUUUUCUACUUAGGGUCACUCAGCUUUACCUGGACUGUUAAUGCCAGCAACUACCUCAACUACCUAGAAUACUGUGUGAAGUUUGCAUGAACAAUAUGAGAAAGUGGUAUAUUUAUCUGUGGACAUUAAAGCAACACAGCCUGGGAAAUUAUUCAACAUUUUGUUUGUGGAGUUAAUUUGAUAUUUAAAUUAAACUUCUUAUCAAAUUUUUAUAA